UUCCCCCGCGGUGCUCCUUGGGAGAUGUAGUCCGCGGCCGCCGCUCCCCCUCACGCUCCCCGGGGAGCAGCCGGCGGUGUCGGGAACUACAACUCCCAGAGUCCCCGCGGCCGCUCGGCUGACUGAGAGCUGCGCGGCGGCUGCUGAGUGUCAACAUGGCGACCGGGAGGCAGCAGACAAAGGCGGCUGAGGCUGGGAUGUGAGCGGCGGGGAGACGCCGGGGGGAUCAAAGCGGACUGGGCACGGAGGGCGGGCGUCGUCACCCUCCUUCCCCCCGCCUCCAGCGGCGCACACGGCCCGACACCCGACGGGAAGCCCGGCGCGGGUGUGCGGGCGUCCGCCCGACAGGUUGAGACUUUUCCUGAGGACAGAAGAUAACGCCAAAGUCUACCAGCAGAGCGCCACCGACACCCCUCAGAUCGGGUCCCUAAUCUCCGUCUCUACUGGCAUGGUGCCACCUCACCUAUGAAACUACUGAUAUGCGUCCCUCUGCAGACGGCAGCGCUCUGAGUCUGCCAGAAACCAUGUCACAUUACACGGAUGAACCUAGAUUCACCAUAGAGCAGAUUGACCUGCUCCAGCGCCUCCGGCGCACGGGAAUGACCAAACACGAAAUCCUCCACGCUCUGGAGACGUUGGACCGCCUGGACCAGGAACACAGCGACAAGUUCGGAAGGAGAUCGACCUACGCCGGCAGCUCUUACACCAACAGUACCAAUAACGUCCCCGCAUCGUCCUCCACUGCCACCGCCUCCACGCAGACCCUCCACUGCGGCAUGUCCCCGUCGCCCAGCAACAGCUGCGACACUUCCCCGCAACCGUGCACCACCAAUCAAAACGGGAGAGAGAGCAGCGAGAGGCUGCCGACUUCCAACGGCAAGCUGUCCCCGGCCCGCUACCACACCAACAGCAUCGGGGGAAGGUCGUACAGCUUCGAGGCUUCGGAAGAGGAUCUCGACGUUGACGACAAGGUGGAAGAGUUGAUGAGGAGGGAUAGCGGUGUUAUAAAAGAAGAAAUCAAAGCUUUCCUGGCGAAUCGUAGGAUAUCACAAGCAGUGGUAGCACAAGUAACAGGUAUCAGUCAGAGCCGGAUCUCUCACUGGCUUCUACAGCAAGGAUCAGACUUAAGUGAGCAGAAGAAAAGAGCGUUUUAUCGAUGGUACCAGCUGGAGAAGACAAGUCCAGGUGCAACUCUAAGUAUGAGGCCAGCCCCUGUCCCUAUAGAUGACACGGAAUGGAGACAAACCCCACCCCCUGUCACCGCUACCUCCGGCACAUUCAGGUUACGACGCGGGAGCCGGUUCACCUGGAGAAAGGAGUGCCUGGCUGUCAUGGAGAGCUAUUUUAAUGAGAACCAGUAUCCUGAUGAGGCCAAGCGAGAGGAGAUCGCGAAUGCGUGCAACGCGGUUAUACAGAAACCAGGCAAGAAGCUCUCUGACCUGGAACGUGUCACCUCCUUGAAGGUCUACAAUUGGUUCGCCAACAGAAGAAAGGAAAUAAAGAGAAGAGCCAAUAUCGAAGCAGCAAUCCUGGAGAGUCACGGCAUCGAUGUACAAAGUCCAGGCGGCCACUCCAAUAGCGACGACGUGGAUGGAAACGAUUACUCAGAACAGGAUGACAGCACCAGCCAUAGUGACCACCAGGAUCCCAUCUCCCUAGCAGUGGAAAUGGCAGCUGUCAACCACACCAUCCUGGCGCUGGCCCGGCAAGGAGCCGACGAGAUCAAGACAGAGGCUCUGGACGAUGACUGAUAACCUUACACAGCGGGGACGGGUCAAAGUGAAAAUGUACUUAGAUUUAGACGUAGCACCUUAGCAAUCUUUCCUCAGUCCUUAAUAUGUGUUCCUAUUAUCAGUAUAACUGCAGUCUCUUGUACGUCGAGUUAGCCGGUAGGGUCUCGUCCUGUGAAGAUGGCAUGGUGCCCAUAACCUUCGUGUCCGCUUUCUCAGUAUUAAUUCCAGCCAUAACCACCUUUGUCCCAGGUCUAGAACGUUUUAUUCCAUUCUGGCAUUCCAGUUUACAAGUGCUUCCAAAAUUUCCGACGCGUUCUGCCGCACCUUCAUCAUGUUCUUCAAAGACUUUCUGCAAAGUAGAGGAGCGUUCCGCGAGUGAUGUGGGCACGGUUCCGGUGCAAGUCAUUUACGUGCAGCCUUAGAUCGAGAAACAACUUUUUUUUUGUUUUUAUCCUAAACUGUGAUUGUCCAGAAACAAUUGUGCAUAUUUGUCGCGUUUCGCCUCCCCAUUAAUGGUGAAAACGUUUCUAUAUCUUUUGCUUGUAAAGACACUACAAAUUGUGUGGAUGCUGAGAUAUGCAGCUAAGAGGCACUUAUGAUAUGUAUUACUAUGAUACUCUGGUCACUGUCCAUCUGCUCCAAAGAUUCUAUUGGUUUUUAAUCCUGAAUUAUGUAAAAAUCAGCGCAUAUAUUUAUAUGAGCAGAAUCGAACAAUAAUUACUUUUGGUUGUCCGAUAAAGUUUAGGGUUCAUGGGGCGAGAUGUUCCAGGUUGGUUUUGCUUUUUAAAUUGUUGGCGCUUUAAAAAUACAGGUAACCGUGCUAUAACCGCACUCCUGCCUGUAUCUCGCAGGUUAUAUUACAUUAGGUCUUAAAUCUGCCUUUAAACGAACCAUUAGACCACCUACAGUAUUAAUUGAAACGAUUUGUGAGUUGUACGUGUUCCGACUUCUGCCGAUCAUUUGCACUUUUACUCGACCUUACUGGCUUCUAUUGCAAUAGCUUGUAUUGUGUUUGUCUUUUAAUACCUUUUUUUUAAUAGUACUGUUAGCAAACGCUGUCACGUUGGUGAGGCAGAAGUUCCUGUCCUUUUGAGAUCCUGAGUUCCUUUAGUACUCGGUAUCCAGAAUUCCAGCGGCUUCUCCGUACGAGAACAGCGGAAUACUACUACCAACGUUCCUUUCUGAGACUCUACAAUUGUGUAGUACCCCUGGAUAGCAGUAUGUCCGGAAAUCCUGGCUUCUUUUUAUAAACUGCGCUUUCAAUGCUUAAUCUGAAUUAUUUAAACAAACAGAGUGUUCUCUGAGCUAAGAGCUCGCUUUCCCUGCAGGUAUAAAACCCCUAUCCCUGUGUGUCCCAUAUGGAACCUUUGUUAACCGCGUGGAAGAAGUGUAUGAGAUUCGUGCCAUGGAAAUGGUGGUUUUGCCGUGUUGUCCCAUGGGCAGUUCAGAAAAUGAAGGCAAACGUGUUUGGUUGCCACGGGUAACACCAACUUUUUACUGUGCACCAUUUUCGUAAGUCUCUCCUAGUAUGUCUUUUGUGUGUGUCAUUUCUUUGUAAAGGUCUCUCAUGUAAACUUGUAAAACUUUAUAUAUUACAGAGCAUUUUAGGGCAUAAAACUGUGAUUAUUUACACUGAAA